AGUGCUACGCCGCUAUCCGCAUCAGUCGCCGCCGGCAGCUUGGGCUCCGAAAUCGCAGAAGCACUUCCCAUAGAGUGGCCCUGUCUAUCUCCUCUGCCACAUGAACGUUCAAGACUCCGCAAGCCAGUCAAUUACUCGAAUACUCAAGACUGAGGCUAAGCUCGAAUCUGGCAGACUGGCUGAGCAACGAUUAGAACGCUCUUCCGCGUAAGCCCCCGAACUUGUGUAGCAGUUGUGCGUAGCCGUCGUGUAGCAGUCGUGUAGCAGUUGUAGCUUGCCUGUGCUUUCCUCUACAGCACGCAUUUUUGGCUUUUUCAGUUCUAUUCCAUUUGAGGGCUGUGACUACGCAAAUUGAGAAAUGUCUGAAUCGGAUCUACUGAGCAACGAACAAAUUGAUGGUCUGGAUGGUCUAGAGAAUGGGCAAGACGGUGAUUCCAUCAUGCAGUGCGACGGUGUAAAAAGAGACUUGAAUGAUGCCAAUGUCGAUGAUCCAGAGCUUGAGGCAAUCAAAGCACGAGUUAGAGAAAUUGAAGAAGAAGCCGAAAAAUUAAAGCAACUUCAGUCCGAAGUCGAUAAGCAAAUGAACAUGGGUAGCCCUCCUGGAAUCACUAGCCCGCUAAAUAUGUCAAUUGAAGACAAAAUGGAAGUAGAUAAUAGAUCUAUUUAUGUUGGAAAUGUUGAUUAUGGAGCGACUGCUGAAGAACUGGAACAACAUUUUCAUGGAUGUGGCAGUAUUAAUAGAGUAACGAUUUUAUGUAAUAAAUUUGAUGGACACCCAAAAGGAUUUGCGUACAUUGAAUUUGCAGAACGUGAUUCAGUACAGACUGCAAUGGCAAUGGACGAUUCAAUGUUUAGAGGAAGGCAAAUAAAAGUUAUGCCCAAAAGAACCAACAGACCAGGAAUGUCUAUGACAAACAGGGGCCCAAGGGGAGUUAGGGGAGGUUACAGAGGAGUAACUCGUGGGGUUAGUAGGGGGAGUGCAUAUUUUGGAUACAGACCUACUAGACGUCCAAGGCGCGGUUAUUACAUGCCAUACUGACCAGUUUAGUCAUUGCUCCAAUUCUGAUGAAUUAAGAAAAAAAAACACGAUGGGGAAAAAAAGAAAAAGAGAAAGAGAAAGAAAAAAAACUUCAUGUGAAAAAAAGAUUGGACAAUGAUGGGCACAAUUAUACAAUAUUUGAUGAUUUUAAAGAAAAAGAAAAAAAGAACCGCAAGCAGUACAGAAAAAAAAA